AUAUGCUGACCAUUGUGCUCAUCGACCUCUUGCAGCUCCACCCCAGGCUGCGGAAGCUGUUCCACUAUGAGGCGGGGGCAAUCUCGAAGCCCGAGGGCUGGGAAGACGAGGCCGUGCUGAAAGAGGCCAGUUCCAUGCCGCUCACUUCCGAAGCCGCGGUGCACGUCUCAAAUGUGCGGAAAGUCUACGGUCCGGUGGGGCUCAACAAGUGCUGCGGCAGCAUGAGGAGUGCCCUCCACGCGGUCAAGGGUGUGAACUUUGGGAUGAGGUAUGGGGAGGUUUUUGGUCUGCUUGGCACUAAUGGUGCUGGCAAAAGCACGAUGUUCAACAUGAUCGCAGGCCACUUCUCGCCCACAGAAGGCGCCAUCACCGUGGCCGGCCUUGACAUGAGCACAGGCGCUGGUUCUCGCAGGGCGCGGACGCGGACGGGUUACUGCCCCCAGGACAACGCAUUGCUGGAGAUGAUGACGACCCGCGAGCACUUGUUCUUCUACUCGAACCUGAAGGGGGUGCCGUCUGCCGCCAUCCCCAAGGUGGUCGAGGCGAAGCUGGAGCAGCUUGGCCUCGCGAGUUUCGCGGACAACUACGCCGCGAACCUGUCGGGCGGCAACAAGCGGAAGCUGAUGGUCGCGUGCGCACUGAUCGGUGACCCUCCGAUCAUCUUGGCCGACGAGCCAUCGGCAGGAAUGGACCCGGUGGCGCGGCGCUUCAUGUGGGGCGUGCUCCAGAACGUGUCAGCUCGGCGGAAACGCAGCAGCGUGCUCCUGUCCACGCACUCCAUGGAGGAGUGUGAGGCUCUCUGCGCCCGGUCCGCCAUCAUGGUCAACGGGGUCUUCCGGACCAUCGGGUCCAACCGGGAGAUCCGUGCACGCUACGGCGGCGCCUACGAGCUCAUGUGCAAGGUCAGCCGGCCGACCGAUGCGCAGUUGGAGGCUCUUACGUCGAAGUGGGGGCAGCCCGAGGACGCACGGCUGGGCAAGCGAUGGGCGGCUGAGGCGAUGAAGGACAAUGAGUUCAUCGUGGCUGCCCUAGACGGGCCGAGCAGCCCCUUCGUCGACGCCAGCGCCGCCGUCGCCCCCAAGGUUUUGGCGGAGUGGUGGAUCAAUACAGCCCGCUUCCAGAACCUCCAUGCCUUCGUGCCCAGCAUGUGCUACAGUGCUGAGAUCGUCGAGUGGCAAGGCCCCAUGUCCCAGUACAAGAUCUGGAGCCAUAGCAGCCUUGGGGACCUCUUCACCCAAAUGGAGGAGAGAAAGGAUUCACUGGAGGUCACGGAGUACUCGCUGUCCGCAACGACGUUGGAGCAGAUCUUCAACAGCUUCGCCCGUCAGCAGGAGGGGCAGGACAGGCUUGAGGCAAGCGAGCAGCAGCCGGCUCACGCUGCGCACGAUCUCAGUCGUUUCCUGGCGAUUGCGCGGGGCAAAGCUAAGGUGGUCCCCGUUGCUGGGCCUACCGCCGACAUGAUCACCGCCAUGACGAAGCCUUUGGAUGGCCAGCACGUCUCGAUCUUCGUGGUGGACAACUCCAAACUGAAAGCAGUCACACCAGGACACGGACUGGGCUACCGCACCGCGAAGGACCUGGGCGCCAUGGCCAGCGCCGAGGCGUUCGUGGGCGCGGCAUGGGGCUCCACAGUGCAGGGCGUGGAGACCGGGGACGGUUGGCUUCAGGUCGGCCAGUGGUAUCUGCCGCUCAAGGUACAGGACGUCGCGGUCGUCGUGCCCAGGUACACGCUCGGCGACAGCGCGGCUACCGCCCCCUCCGCGCAGGUCAUCGGCGCGCCGGCGUCAGCGUAGGUGUGAAGUGAUCUCGCUCCGCGCGUGUAGUCCGCUGCGCGCAAUGGCUGCCGAUUUCCGGCACGGCGCAAUCUGAGGUACGCAUAACCUUCACGGGUGUAGGGGCCCCAUAAAAACUGUCCGGGGGCUUGGAGGCAGAUCAAGCUGUCGCCGUCCCCGUCAUUCCUCAUCCUCCUCCCUCCCUCGUUUCCGUUUUUCUGCUCUCUCUUCCUUUUCUUCCCCUCCCCUCCUCUCUCAUUCUUCCCUGGUCCUCCUACCGUAGCGUUGGCUCGGCUAGCAUUGGCUCGGCAGCGAUGACGCGGUGCGGCGUUUGCUCUGCAGACCGCCGGCAACGGUGCAGGUGGUGAGGGGAGGUGUUCGGGGUGGGGGGGUGCUGACAGUCGGUCGCAGUGAAUAAGAACUAGUUGCGCACGAUGAUUGCGAGCUGCAGCGAGACAGGGCUCUGCGAAGACGCCUCCCUGCUCUCUCGGAGCGCCGCUUCACUUGCCUGGGUCUCCGCUGCGCGCCGCCGACAGCCCCCCCACCGCCUCCGCAUCUAUAUUUUUCGAUUCGCGAUCUGCGGCCACGGCCAGCCCAACCUGGGCAAUGACCACAUCGAGUCUGGCAGUUCGAGGGCUCACCCUUGGCGAAACAGCCAUCGUCAGGAGUGGUUUCCCUCUUCUCAGCGUCCUGUCGUUUUGUUGAAUGGUCUUCCCCUCUCCCCGGAAGACCCCGCCUGGACCCCUUCUGGAGCUGGCGGCAUGGGGCGGG